AUGGAGGCGGACGAUCACCAGGACGACGAAAUCAAGGAGUCGAUGAGCGAUACCGAAGACGAAAAAGACGUGAAGCUCCAACAGCAGCAACAUCAACAACAACAGCAGCAACAACAACAACAACAACAACAACAGCAACAACAAGACCAACAGCCAACUAUAGUACAAAUGCACAAUGGUCAACCUCAAAUUAUUACUUUAGCCAAUCUCCAGAAUUUAUUGCCUAUGCAGCAAGUUCAACAAUUGACUCAGAACCAACAAAAUCAGGGCAUCAAAACUAUAACAUCAAACGGCACAACAAUACAACCAAUAUUUUCAGUUCAGGGAUUACCGGGUCAAUUUAUUCAGCAAAAUAAUCAAACAAUAACAGUUGAUGGACAAGAAGCACUGUUCAUUCCUACAAAUUCAAACAAUGGUCAAGGGGCACCUACUAUAUUUACACCAACAGGACAGAUAGUACGACCAUUGCAAACAAUACAGCUUCAAUCCGGGCAAAACAUUUCUGUACGUCAAUCGAACAUGCCACAAGUUGUACAAUUGCCAUCUGUUCAGCAAACUAUACCUGUUCAAGUGCCUAUAUCGUCUAAUGGUCAGACUAUAUACCAAACGUUGCAUCUUCCUAUACAAUCUUUUGCUUCUUCUUUACCAAACAUCAUACAGGGUAAUCAAGGCCAAUUGAUGCAAAUCCCCCAAUUGGCUCAAAUGACUCAGUCGCCUCAAAUGGCACAAAUAGUUAAUAGUAAUGGUCAGAUACAGACCGUGCAAUUAGCAUCACCAAUUGGUAAUGGCCAACAAAUACAGUUAGUGAAUACAUCCAGUGCAAAUAACCAGUACCAAAAUACAACAACUCCAGCUACUUCACCAAAUGUUAUGCAUACAAAUUCAUCACCAAAUUCAUCUUCGAGUAGUAAUGAUAAUAGUCCACAACCACAACCUGUGACAAUUCAAACACAGUCGGGACAAACUUUACAACUUAUUCCUCAACAACUAACUCUUGGAAAUAAUCCUCAACAAUUAACAGUAAUACCAGCAAACAACCUUCCUCAGUUUUUACAAAACAAUAAUGGUGUUACUAUUAGAGGAAAUAAUGUUGUUCAGUUACCAGCAACUACCCAAAACACAAAUCAACCACAAACUGUGAAUAUACCAGGAAUUGGAACUGUUCAAAUCAUUACUUCUCUUGGAGGACAAAGCACGUCCAAUGCCACUCAAACAUUACCACCUGGUCUACAAAAUAUACAAGUUAUCAAUGCUGCAACUGGACAACAAAUAGAAAACAUGGAUCAAAAAUGGCAAAUUAUUCCAAUCGCUGGAACAAUGUUCCAGGAUGGGAGUUCAGUAACUGAAUAUGAUUCUCCAGGUGAGGAAAAACCACGAACAAGAAGAGUAGCAUGUACAUGCCCCAAUUGCUGUGAUGGUGAAAAACGAAAUGGUGCUGGUAAGAGGGUACAUAUUUGUCAUGUGCCAGGCUGUAAUAAAAUGUAUGGAAAAACAUCUCAUUUACGUGCUCAUCUUAGAUGGCACACAGGUGAACGGCCUUUUAUUUGUAACUGGCAACACUGUGGUAAACGAUUUACUAGAUCAGAUGAACUUCAGAGACAUAAUAGAACACAUACCGGAGAGAAGAGGUUUCAGUGUAAUGAAUGUCCUAAACGGUUUAUGCGCAGUGACCACUUGCAAAAACAUGUUAGAACUCACUUGAAACAAAAAUUGAUGGAAGGUAAUAGUGUUGUUGUUGGCUUAAAACAAGAUUCAGAAGUGGAUGAUGAACUGGAUAAUAUAGCUCCCAAACAUCAUAAUAUGAAUAACAUCAUUUUAGAACAGGAUGAUGAUAGUUCCUCUUCUUGUGAAAAUAAAAUGAUUAUUUUACAUGAUGAAAAUGUGUAA